AUGCGUAUCUCCAGCCUCUCGUUCUUCGUCCAGGCACUGCUGUUGACUGCGGUCGCAGCACAGAGUGCUGGCCUUUCCAAUAUCGUCUCGGAUAUCACAAGUGAAACCACUUCAUCCUCCAGUUCCGAAGCGCCCGAGACAACUUCUACUACAUCGUCAUCAACAUCAUCCACCACCUCCGAGGCACCAACUACUUCUGAGGAACCAACUACCUCCGCCGACCCUACCACUUCCUCCACUUCAUCCACCUCUUCUACCUCUUCUACCACUUCUGCCGCGCCAGCAGAGACCACCUCCGCCGAUUCCACUGUCGCCCAGACCUCCGCCUCCACCACCAAUGGACCUGCAUCUACAUCGAGCUCUGAUAGCAGCCAGACUACCUCGGCUCCCAGCACCACCCAGACCCCUGUCGUGAAGACCAUCACCUCCUACGCGACCAGCGAUGGAUCCACCGUCGCCAAUGUCAUGACCACCACCUCCACCCCCGUUGCCGAGCCCUCGUUGAACAGCGACAAGAGCUCCGGCUCCAGCGGCGUGUCUUCCUCUGACAAGAAGAUCAUCAUCGGUGUGGUGGUCGGCGUCGGCGGUGCCAUCCUGAUCGGUGCCCUCGGCCUGGUCUUCUGGAGAAUCCACAAGAAACGCAACGGUCAAUUCGGUGACGAGGAUGAUCUCAUGGGUGGCACCGCUGUCGGCUCCAACCCUCGUGAGAAGGCCCCCAGCCCAGCAAACAACACCCCCUUCAAGAACACACUCGACCAGUACCACAACCCCGGUCCCGUCAACGCGGCAUCCAACUUCUAA